AUGGGAAAACGUUUCAACAAGAUCAAGAACUGCUUCAGACUCAAGAAGAGGGCAGUAUCAUCCUGUGACAAGGAGGUCUCUUUCGACUACCGAGCCCUGCCUACUGAUAUGAAGAGGGCCAUCAUUGAUUUCUUGCCUACAGAUGAUAUUAUCAGUUUGACACAGACUUGUAAAGGCAUGGCCGAUGAGCUCGGUCUUUCAAGAUCAACACAACCGGUACAGAAGCGAACGUCACCACAGAGUAUCUCCGUCAUGUCAUUUGGCAACAUGAUAAAUCCCCUAAGCACUGUUGCGGCUAUUCUCCCUACAGAACCCGAGCGAAUUCAAUCCAUUUCGUUUCAGUGCGAUUGGGUGGACCAAGGAAUGGGAAAGCAAAAAGGAAAGCUAUUUGUAGUGGCACAAAAGAAAAGUUUACUAUAUGGAAAGAAUUCCAAGAGGUAUCAAACUGUCCCAUUCGAACAAGGAAGAGUCGUUUGUGAACCAUCAAACGCAGGCCAUAUUAUGUCCAAUGUUGUGGCUACCUUCCAUCCAAAACCAGAUGAGUUCUACCAAAUAUGGUGUUUCGUUGGUGACUGCUACGGCAAUAUGCUACACUUCCAGAAUAUGAGGUUUCAUGUGCUGCGCUAUGGUGAAAAGGCGAGCCCUUGUCCCAUGCUACGAUACCGCUUUUCCUACCAAGAAGACGACGAAACGCACAUGAAACGAAUGAGCAUCCGAUGGAUGGAUUACAUGUUUUUCAAAGGCGCACUGCUGGAGCAAUAG